AUGACGGAGUAUUGGGUGAGCCAAGGAAACAAAUGGUGUGACUUCUGUAAGAUUUAUAUAGCGAACAAUUCCUUCAGCAUCAGGACACAUGAACUUGGUAAGCGCCACAAGGACAAUGUCACGAAAAGACUGUCGACAAUGCAAAAGGAGAGUGAGGCAAAGGAAAAGGAACAGCAGCAAGCUGCCCGAGCCCUACAGCAGAUAGAAGCAAAAGCUAAAAAGAGCUAUCAAAAGGAUUUAGAGAAUAGCCAGAGGAAUGUUGAUGGAGACACUUCUUCGGCACCUGGAGAUGGGUGGGUAUUUGACUCGGCAUCGGGAUAUUACCAUGACAAAUCUACUGGACUUUACUAUGAUUCAAACUCUGGCUUCUAUUAUUCUGAUAGUUUAGGCAAGUGGGUUACUCAAGAAGAGGCGUACAAGUCUGUGCAAACUUCCAAAACAGACAUUGGUCAAUCCUCAACUUCACAAACAAAAGCUCCUGCUGCAGAAAUGGCUGUUCCUGCUAUUAAAGGAGGUCCAGCUCCAGGUCGGGUAGUCACGAAACCAUUGAACCCAAUGAGACCUAUUAAGGGCACUCCUGCUCCAUCUGCUGUUGCUGUUAACAAGAGGAAGAGGGAGGACGGCAAGCCCAAGGUGAUCUCCAAGGAGGAGGAAGCGGCCCUCAAAGCACGGGAAGCAGCGAGGAAGAGAGUGGAGGAUAGAGAGAAGCCUCUGAUGGGAUUAUACAAAACCUACUAA